CCAGCCCAGCGACGUGAGGGAGGUAGGAGUUCAUGGAAGAUCCAAAAAAGUCAGUCCUUCAGUGAGGUCCUGCUUAGUUGUCUGUUUUUAAAUAUUAGUGCACAGCUAACUGGUGUCGUUCGAAACGAUGUUGUCAGAAAUUAAAACGCUUAAAGUGGCGGAGUUGCGCGCCGAGCUACAGAAGCGCGGCCUAGACUCGAAGGGACGGAAGGCCGAUCUGGUGACUCGUCUAACGUCAGCAGUACAGGCAGGAACUGAACCCAUCACAAGUGCACAGGACAACCCGCUAGACGGAGGCAACGCACCCGAACCGAGCUGUCAGAAUAAUACGAUAUCUACUCAAGUUAUAGGACCGUCGGGAUCCAGCUGGAAAGUUCUGGCCGAUCAUCAAGCCCAACUUGAGGGAAGUGGUCCCGGGCCACAGGCUGCUCCAAGCCCGCUGUCUUAUGUCGAUAAAAGCACUCAAACCGAACACGACUCGACAGUCCACACCUGCUGUUGCUCCAGUAAAAGGUUCGCGGAAUCAAACCCGUUCGAGCCCUCUGAGAAACGUUUAUGGCAGCAGUUAACAACUAACGGAAACGUGAAUAAUAAAGGCGAUGGGAGGCCUGAAUCGCAGCAGUCAGAUGCCCGGGUUCAGGCCGAGGGUCCCGGGUCGGUCACGUCCUCGCUGGUGUCACAGCCUGCAUCUCCUGCUAAGGAUAACGAGCAGUUACCUUGCAGGGUGCCGGAUCCCCCAGAGACAGAAGUGGAUAGAAAAGAGGCCUGCAGGACUGUCGGGCAGCCUCGUAGCGAGAGGGGCAGGGACUAUUAUGAAUUUAAAGAGGAGAUUCAGUAUAACAGAGCUAAAACUCCAGAGCCUGGUCCAGUGAGUGACGAUGAGAUGGAGGUUGAGGGUGAUGAGGUUAGACUGGACCCAUACAACGGCGAUCUGCAUUUUGCAGUGGGGGCGGAUGGAAGCAGCGGUCAGCCCUUACUCUGGGAGAAGUUCCCUCUUCUGCGCUCCGGCUGUAGGCUGACUCACGGCUUCACCCGGGGAAAAGUGGGAUUCGAAGUCAAGUUUGUGGAGCGAUUGUCAGCAGCUACGAUCGACACGCUCUCUGACCAUGAGCCGUGUGUGCUCAGAGUGGGCUGGUCCGUGGAGGACUCCGGCCUGCAGCUCGGAGAGGAGGAGCUCUCCUUUGGUUUGGAUGGAGCAGGAGUAGCCCUGAGCGGGGGAAGGGCAGAGGAGUUCGGCGAGCCCUUCUCAGAGGGUGACGUCAUCGGUUGCUAUGCGUUCAUUGGCGAAGGCGGUCAGGCAGAGCUCUCCUUUCAUAAAAACGGGCGCUCGCUGGGCGUGGCCUUUCGCCUCGGACCCGCCUCCCUCGCGGGCCGAGCCCUCUACCCGCACGUCCUGUGCAAGAACUGCUCUGUUUCCGUGAACCUGGACCCGCAGGGGGCAAUGUGGUAUGCCGGGCCUCCCGGGUACUGCCCUUUGCCCACCCUGCCUCCCACGCUGAGGACCCGCGGCCCUGUGCCCCCUCCACACCGGAGGGAGUGUGAGGUGCUGCUGAUGGUGGGAAUGCAGGCUUCCGGGAAGAGCCACUGGGUUCAGAACCACAUGGCCAAGAACCCAGAGAAACGUUACAAUGUUCUAAGCACAGACUUCAUCCUUCGCUGUAUGAAGCUUUCAAACUCGGAGGCCCAGGAGGUCAUGUUACAACAGGCCACGCGGUGCCUCUCUCACCUCAUCCAGAUAGCACCCAACCAGAAAAGGAACUUCAUCCUGGACCAGGCAAACAUUUACCCAUCUGCACGGAGACACAAGAUGCUGCGUUUCCGUGGUUACCUCAGGAAAGCAGUAGUGGUCGUCCCCUCUGACCAGGAGUGGAGGAGGCGUCUCUGCCAGCAACAGCAGGAAGAGGGCACGGUGGUGCCCGAAACAUCUCUGCUAAAGAGCAAAGUGAGUUUCACACUCCCGGAGAAUGGGGACCUCCUGGAGGAGGUGUUGUUUGUGGAGCUCGGUCACAAAGAAGCACAGAAGCUCCUGGCAGACUACAAAGAGGAGGCGAGACACGCACUGCCGCCGCCUGUCAAACGCAAGAAACAACGAAGUGGCCGCCCGCAGCUUCACGGACAGAGCCAAAACGCGUACCACCGACACGUGUAUGCUCAGCAGUCGCAAUGGGGGCACCAGAAACGACCUGGGCUGCACCCAUGCGCGCGCACGCAGUCAUACGGCUAUGGCAGCGAUCCCCACCGCUACAGGGGCUACUACCAGCCCUGCCCCGUAGAGUGGAAUGUGAGCGACCAAAAUCAGAGCUACUAUGGCAACCAAGAAUAUUAUUUCAGCAAUCAAGGUUUUUGGUGAAAAUUAAGAGAAUCCCAUGGAAGCCUUCUGCAGUUUCCAUAUUUAAGAUGCCUCUGUGGCCCCACACAAGUUACAAAUGUAUUAUGGUUUCUGAUGCUGUCAUUUUCAAUAGUGCAUUAAAUGGUUAUCGGGAAAAAAAUUAUAAUUCAAACAUUUACUCCUUUUGUAAACGGACUCUAAAAUACAAGACUAAACAAAAGGGCUUUAGUCAUGAAAUUUCCUGUUUUGACUGCAAAAUUUUUAAAAGGUUUCCUACUGAAAAGACCUUAACUUUUAAUACUGGGUGAAAAUGGAGUUACAAUUGUACUAUACUGGAGACUGGAGGUUUUUAGAGUAGGUUUUAGUAAAGAAUUUUAGCCAUCUGUCAUGAACUGGAACUUUAUUGACUGUCUGUAAUGAGCAUCUGAAUUAUAUUUGUCAUUAAAAACAAUUUCACAUUUCAUGUCCACUA